AUGAGCGUCCGCAAACGCGGCGAAGCGCCCAAACGGGCAAAUGGAGCGGCCGCCCCGGCUGCGAAACCCGUAGACGAAAGAACGGAUCUCACGCGCUGGCGGUUAAAAGACGAUCGAGGGUGUCAAACAUGGCACUACUUGGAGACCGCCGAGGAGCUGAAGCAAUGGCCCAUGACUAUUGCGGAUCGAUAUUUUCUUGGACUUGAUACUGGUUUACCCAAACUCCCAAAAGCGAAGACGCCGCUUCAGGCAUGCGAGAAUGGGAUUGAGUUCUACUCUCAGCUGCAGCUGGAGCCCGGAAAUUGGGCCUGCGAGUAUGGAGGGCCCAUGUUCUUGCUCCCAGGUCUCAUCAUCGCUUUGUAUGUUACGGACAAUCGACUCUCGCGGCCCGAGGAGAUCGAGAUCAUUCGCUACAUCUUCAGCAUGCAAAAUAUCGGCAGCAAGAAUGGCGGUGACGGCGGCUGGGGGCUGCAUGUUGAAGGCGACUCCUCCGUUUUCGGCACUGCUAUGAAUUAUACGACGCUUCGCUUGCUCGGCGUUGAAGCGCAUGACCCUCGAAUGGAGAAAGCGAGGGGCUGCCUACAUAAUCUCGGGGGCGCCUUGUAUGGACCACACUGGACAAAGUUCUGGCUGUCGGUGUUGGGAGUCAUGGAGUGGGAUGUGGUCAACCCUGUUCCUCCAGAGUUAUGGCUUUUACCGGAUUGGACGCCGAUCUCUCCUUGGAGAUGGUGGAUCCAUAUGCGCAUGGUAUUCCUUCCCAUGAGCUUCGUCUGGUCGAAGAAGUGGGUAUAUCCAAAGGCCAAGACAGAUCCGGUUAUCAGACAAUUGAGGCAGGAGCUAUAUCCAACGCCGGCCGAUGACAUCGUAUGGGCUCACCAUCGCAACUCGAUCAGCGUUAUGGACAACUACCAUCCGAAGUCUUGGGUCUUGAACCUGAUCAACGUCUUCCUUGUUCUGAUCUGGAUCCCAUUCCUGCGGUCCGCGUCUCUGAUCAAGCGCGCGGAAGGAUGGGCUUGGAAGCUGAUCCAGAUUGAAGACGCCAAUUCCGACUACGCAGAUCUCGCGCCCGUCAAUUCUCCCAUGAACUUUCUGUGCUGCUUCAUAGCGGAAGGACCAGAUGCGGUCUCGGUCAAGCGACAUCGCGAGCGCCUGCCCGAGUUUCUCUGGCUCUCAGGAGGCGGGAUGAUGAUGAACGGGACGAAUGGCGUGCAAAGCUGGGACACCGCCUUCUCCAUUCAAGCCGUGUAUGGAGCUGGCUUGGCCACCAAACCCAAAUACCGAAACAUGCUCAUCCACGCACUCGAAUUCCUUGAGGACCAGCAAUUCGUUGACCACUGUGUGGGCUACACAACUUCGCCUACUUAUUCAGAGCCACCGGUAGCAGAGACUAGCGCCGAGGCGGGCUAUCGCCAUCCUCGGAGAGGAGCUUGGGGGUUUAGCAAUCGUCUGCAAGGCUACGUCGUGUCCGACUGCACGGCGGAGGCUCUCAAAGCUGUAGUCAUGUUGCAGACUCUGCAAGACCCCAAAGAUCCAUCCAAGACACUCUUCCCCGCCGUAUUUUCUGAAGAACGGCAGAAAUGGGCAGUCGACAUCAUCCUCACCAUGCAGAACGCCAGUGGAGGUGUCAGCUCGUACGAGCCGGCGAGAGGCAGCGAGUACCUCGAGUUCCUGAAUGCCGCCGAGGUCUUCGGCCGGAUUAUGGUGGAAUACGACUACCCGGAAUGCACGACGGCGUGCGUGACGACUCUCAGUAAUUUCCAACACGUCUACCCAGACUACAGGGCGGCAGAGAUUCGCAAGUUCAUCACGCGAGCGGUGCAGUGGAUCAGAACGAAUCAAAGGAGCGAUGGAUCGUGGUAUGGAUCUUGGGGCAUCUGCUUUACAUACGCGGGCAUGUUUGCGCUCGAAAGUCUUGCCACGCAAGGCGAGACGUACGCGAAUAGCGAGCGGGUGCAGAGGGCGUGUAAGUUCUUUUUGGACCGGCAGAAUGAGGAUGGAGGGUGGGGCGAGUCGUACAGGAGUUGUGAGACGGCGGAGUGGUGUGCGCAUCCGGAUGGAUCACAGGUUGUGAACACUGCUUGGGUCAUCCUCGCUCUCCUUGAGGCACACUAUCCGCACAAGGAACCGAUUGCACGAGCAAUCAAGCUACUGAUGCAGCGCCAGCAAGCGAAUGGCGAGUGGCUGCAAGAGGGGAUUGAAGGGGUCUUUAACAAGAGUUGCAUGAUUUCGUACCCCAAUUACAAGUUCAUCUUCCCGAUCAAGGCGCUGGGGAUGUACGCCCGGAGAUUCGAGGGGGUGGAGAUGGCUAAUGGUCACUGA